AUGCGAUUUAGUAAGGAGAGGCAGCCGGAAAAUUAUUACGAGAAUAUAUUAAUAUGGUUUUUACCAAUUGAUUCUCCAGAAGAUUUAAAAACGGGAGAUUCGUAUCAGCAAUUUUAUGAAAUUGAGGGUUUUCUGGAUGUUGCUGACAAUACAACUGAAAGAGUUAAACCUGUUGUUGAUGAGAAUACGGCAAAGUACGAGACGUACAAUGCAGACUUAGAGGCAAUGGAAGAUACAUUUCGAGAAGUAGCAGAGGCGAGUGGGAUUGAAGAAUGGGCGUUACUGGUAUAUAGAAAAGAUCAUGUGAGUGAACAAUUACGCGAAUCAAGAAAUGAGGAAAAUGCUGAUCUUAAUACCAUGUUUCCGAAUAAAGUUGUGAAACCUUCAACAAAUUUAGACCAAAUCAAACAAGUUAUUGUUCAGGACAAGGACGGUUUGAAUUUACUGAGAACAAGAAAUGAGGAACAGCAAGAUGUAUUCUACUAUGUUCGCAACUGGUAUCUUCGUGAACAGUAUUUAAUGGAUGUUGAACCAAGAAAUGAAAAACACUGUUCUAGUUGUUCUCUGGUUCCAGUAGAGCAAGUUUGA